CUCGAAUGUCGUGUCUUUCGCGCAGGCGCGUUCGUUGUUGCGCGCAUCGGGUGAAAGAAUUCGGGAAAGUUCAGCUGCACUGAAGUAAUAUAUUUCAUUUAAUGAGUGGUUUACUUUCAGGCAUUAUAUCCGGAUUUGUGUGAAUCUCGGUUCUGCUGGAUACACUCAGAAAUGGCAGACAAAGAAGUGUAUGAUGAUGCUGUAGAGGAGCGGGUAAUAAAUGAAGAAUACAAAAUAUGGAAGAAAAACACGCCUUUUCUCUACGACCUGGUCAUGACACAUGCCCUCGAAUGGCCAAGUCUAACGGUGCAGUGGUUGCCUGAUGUGAGCAGACCGGAGGGAAAGGAUUAUGCAAUUCACAGACUGGUGCUGGGAACACACACUUCAGAUGAGCAGAACCAUCUGGUCAUUGCCAGUGUUCAGAUCCCCAACGACGACGCUCAGUUUGAUGCUUCUCACUACGACAGUGAAAAAGGAGAGUUUGGAGGCUUUGGGUCUGUGAGCGGAAAGAUUGAGAUCGAGAUAAAGAUCAAUCAUGAGGGUGAGGUGAACCGGGCGAGGUACAUGCCACAGAACCCCUGCAUAAUCGCCACGAAGACUCCUACAUCUGAUGUGCUAGUCUUUGACUACACUAAACACCCAUCCAAACCAGACCCCAGCGGUGAGUGCAGUCCAGACCUGAGACUCAGAGGGCAUCAGAAGGAGGGCUAUGGUCUUUCCUGGAACCCCAACCUGAGUGGAAACCUGCUCAGUGCAUCAGAUGAUCACACGAUCUGUCUAUGGGACAUCAGUGGAUCUCCUAAGGAAGGAAAGAUUGUAGAUGCCAAGACCAUCUUCACAGGCCACACUGCCGUAGUGGAGGACGUGUCCUGGCACCUUCUGCAUGAGUCGCUUUUCGGCUCAGUGGCUGAUGACCAGAAACUUAUGAUCUGGGACACAAGGUCCAACAACACAGCUAAGCCCAGUCACUCAGUGGAUGCUCACACUGCUGAAGUCAACUGCUUGUCCUUCAAUCCCUACAGCGAGUUCAUCCUAGCCACCGGGUCUGCAGAUAAGACUGUGGCCCUGUGGGAUCUGCGCAACCUGAAGCUGAAGCUCCACUCUUUCGAGUCACACAAGGAUGAAAUAUUCCAGGUUCAGUGGUCUCCUCAUAACGAGACGAUCCUGGCCUCCAGUGGAACAGACAGGCGACUCAACGUCUGGGACCUGAGUAAAAUUGGAGAGGAACAGUCUGCUGAGGAUGCGGAAGAUGGACCUCCAGAACUGCUGUUUAUUCACGGCGGCCACACAGCGAAGAUCUCUGAUUUCUCAUGGAAUCCCAAUGAGCCCUGGGUGAUCUGCUCUGUCUCUGAAGAUAACAUUAUGCAAGUUUGGCAAAUGGCUGAAAACAUCUACAAUGACGAAGAGACAGACACUCCUGCCUCAGAGCUCGAAAGCCAGGCCUCAUAACAGCUUCUACCAUUUAAUAGCAAGGUUCUUUUUUUUUUUCCUUUUUUUUCCCCCCAUUAUUACUCCAGUUCUCUUUCAUUAUAAAGAUUCAUCUACUCACAAUCACUAGGGAUGGAUCAGGUUAUGAAACAACUGCAUUUGAGGACAUCGUCUAGAGGCCAAAAUCCAAUUAAACCUCUCGCAACUCCUCUUUACUUUCCUCAAGUAUUACUCAGCAUUUGUUAUUUUUGUCUACUCUCUAAACUUCUGAUGUGUCAAAUGUUUCCUAAAAAGGCAACAGUCAUGUUGGGUAGAUCACCAUGAGACGUGGUGUGGGAGAAUGUUCUGAUGGAGAACGUCUAUUGCUUUGAAAAUGCACUUGAACAGGCAUUGCUGUUGAUUCAUUUUUUCCCCACGCACAAGUGAAAGCAAGCAGUUUUCAAUCCUUUAUACUUUUUGUGCAUAAACCUGAUGUCAACUGCAAUAAAACUUUUGUAAUACCUUUUAA